AUGCUUCAGGAUGUUAUGGACACGGGAGAGUCGAUGGUCAAAAUACUGAAAAGCAGCAAAGCUGACGAUGAAUUAAGAAAAGUGAGAGAAAAACAGCAGUCUUUCUUUGAGCGACACAUGGACACGAUGAAAACCAUCACACUGGUGUUAAACGGUGUAGUUCAGUGUGAGGAUGAGGCGAGCCAGAAGCUGCUGGGCAUGGAGGGGCAGAAGAGCCAGGCAGAGUGGGAACUGGACAGUCUGGAGCAGGAGCUGCAGCAGUAUACAGCAAGGAGCCAGAACAUGGACUCAGAACUACAGUUCCUGCAGAGGAAGCUGGAGAGUCUGCGUGACUCGGAGCAGGAGCUGCAGACCCUGCAGCAGGAGGUUGAUGAUGACACUACGGAGGUCAUCCCAUCAGCCAUAUACGUGGCCCAGUUGUACCACAAGGUGACCAAGAUCAAGUGGGAGUAUGACAUGGAGCCACACAUUCUGAGAGGAGUGCACUAUGGAGCUGACCUGGCCACACCAAUCAACAUAGACACCACUGUGCGGUCUCGGUGUUCAGUCAGUGAUGAGCUGUGGAACUUUGUCAACACUGAAUGGUAG